AUGGAAGAGUUGAUGAUGCUGAGGGAGAAAGCAUUUCCAAUCAGGUGUGGCGGUGUGGUGUUUCUGGUGCGCGACAAUGACUGUGUGGUGGAUGCUCCUGUGAUCUUUGUGGAAGUUGCCUCUGGUGACGACACCGCGGAGUCUUUGCCCUGGGCCAGAGAGCGACAUGGUGCAAAAAGGGCAGAAGAGCAGAGCAGAUUCACAGAGAAUAGACGCCUUACUGAGGAAAUGGAGCUAACAAAGGUCUUUGUGUUUCUGCUGAGCCUUGCAGUGCCUAUUUGUAUGCAUCAUUGUUACGAUAAAGAGGGCUUGGAAACGAUAGCCAGAAAAAAGCUCCAGAGCCAUUAUCACCAGCCCGGCUUCCCCACCCAGGCCUCAAGUGCACCCAUCAGCUGCCCCCUUGAUCUGUACCAGAGGGACGAGUCUCUGAAGGGCCGCUCCAUCUCCCCCUGGGCCUAUGUGGAGAGAAAAAUGCCUGAGCACUUCCCCUCCACUUUUUAUGAGGCGCGCUGUCUAUGUGAGGGCUGCAUUCUCUUAAAUGAUGAAAACGAGCCUUAUGAGGACAACAGCCACAACUCUGCUCCUGUGGUCCAGAGCCGUGUGUUUCUGAAGAGGGAGCUGUGUGAAGGCUCCGGGGGAGAUGACAGAAGAUACCGCCUGAUACCAGAAAAUGUUAAUGUGACUGUAGCCUGCACCUGUGUGCGCCCAUUAUAUUAA